GAGGUUAAGAAUUUCCCUAAAAAAUGUUAUUAUUUGUUGUUCGUAUAUCAUAUGUCUGUCCGUGAUCGAUACGACAUAUAUGUAGAUUAAAAAUGAGUUGACAUAUAUUAUAAGAAUUCAUAAUUUUAAACGUUAUUUUUGUCAAUUUUUAAAUCCCUUCUCUCCAAUAUUACUUGUAUAAAAAGAAAAAAAACAAAAAAAUUUACCGAUGAAAUUCUAACCCCAAACCACUGAGGUUCAAAGUGUAAUUGACAAAGAACUUGAAUACGCCCAAAAAAAUAAAAGAAAGUUGAGCUUCCAAGUUCUAAUAGCAGAAGAAAAAGUUUAUAUAUGGUCCCAGCAAACGUUCACGGGUGAGCUACAUAAAAUGCACGUGAGUACUUAUGCAGUAAACACUUUAAUUUUUGGAUAUACAAUCGCUUCUCUUCAGACCCUCAGAUUAAUAAUGCAGAGCUGUUCGCCAUGUCCCAAAAGUCAUCACCUUGUCUUUGCCAUCGUUCAAUCAUUUUCAAGCAAGCAGCUAAAAUACAAAUCAGCUUUUGAAACCCUCUAUAUAAAGCUAGGUUGGGCCUUUUUUGGUUCAUAAACAAAAAGCUGGGCUGAUCUGCUUUGGUGUUUGAGAAUUAUAAGAUGUCUGAGCAGGGAAGAGGCAGUGCAGGAACCAUAGGAGUGGUGGUAGUUUUAUGCCUAAUGGUUCAGCUGGGAUGCAGCAACGCAGCCACUUAUAAGGUUGGAGAGUCUGGUGGCUGGAGCUUCAACACAGAUAGCUGGCCUAAUGGAAAGCAAUUUAGAGCUGGCGAUGUGCUUUCAUUCAACUAUGAUCCAACACUACACAAUGUGGUAGCUGUGGACAAGGGUGGCUACAGCAGCUGCACAACUCCGAAUGGUGCAAAGGUGUAUAAAUCUGGAAAGGACCAAAUAAGGCUAGGGAGGGGACAAAACUACUUCAUAUGCAAUUUUCCAGGGCAUUGCCAGUCUGGGAUGAAGAUUGCUAUCAAUGCUGUUUAGCUAUGGAUAUACAAUAUCAUACGUGUUCAUCCUGAGCUACUAAAUUCGUGUCGGAUGUAUGUAUGUAUGUAUAUAUACUCAUAUUUUAUUAUGUGGCGGUGUUACGAUGACACUGAGAAAGUGUCAUAAAUGUGUGAAUGUAACUAUCAAUGGCAAUACAUUGGUGCCAGCCAGUGGCCAACUAUAAAACUAGAUGCUCCUUUGUCGCUCGUGUCCUUUUUAUAGAUAUUCCCAACCUGGCAACCAAAGUUCACGGACUUGCAUUAAAAUUUGUCUCGGUGAGCUUCUCUUCAUGUGCAUGGUCCAACUUUCCAUCAUAUUAUCGUUUUUUUUU